AUGGCUGCCACUAGCUGACGAUCGGCGUUUACUACCUAUCAUGGCUGCCAGCAGGGCUCUCGCUGUGCUGGCCUCCACCUGCCUCCUGCUGUUGCUGGGACACCACCUGGUGUCCGCUUCUGCAAGGAGGACGGCCAGGAAUGUGCCGCUGCUCGUCUUCCCCAAUGGCGGCACUUUCAAGUUUGUCGUAGGCAUAACGACGCCGGUGAAGCUGCCCAACCGCACGAUGGUGAUGCAGCUGCAGUUCCAGUGGCUGUACGCCGAGAUGACCAACAUCAGCCAGGCAGAGCAAGACCUGACGGUGACGGUGGGGCGGGCCGCAGCCUAUGGCGCCAUCUCUUCCCUCAUGGACGGCUUGGGUGUGGACGGCCACUCGUGCCUCCUGAGGGCGAUCUGCGAGGCCGCCGAAACGCCGCUACUGCACGACGGACUGCUCGGGGAGUUGGCACACCUGCUGCUUUCGCGUUGCGUCACUGCCGUUGUGUGUCUGCUGCUGCUCUAUACAGCGUCUUGUACGUUCAACAUCUGUACGGCGGAGAGGGCUUCCAGAAGCAUACCGCUCCUUGUCUAUCCAAAUGGAGGAGCACUGAAGUGGGUCGUCGGUCUGUCUAUUCCGGUGAAGGUGUCCAACCGCUCGGUUGGGAUGCUCCUGCAGUUCCAAGGGCUGUACGCGCAUCCGUCAAACAUAAGCGAGAUAUCGCAGCACUUCCCUCUCAACGUCGGCCGUGCUGCCAUCUAUGCAGUUUUCACUUCGAUAAUGAACGGGCUAGGCACGGACGGUCACGCGUGCCUGCUGAGGGCAGUCUGCGAGGCGGCCGAAACGCCGCUGCUGCACAACGGACUGUUUGGGGAGGUGGCGCACCUGUUGCUGACGCCAAGUGACGGCGACGCCGGUCUGGCAGAGCACGUGCUGGCUCGGGAGGCGGGCAGGGGCGGCAGCGGGGGCGGCGGAGGCGGAGGGUGCCGGCGGCGCUACGUGGCCUGCCCCAGGGGUCGCGGCCUGCUCGACGCCGUCUCCACCCUGUCCGUGGACCCACAGCGCGGGGAUCGCUGAGCAGCGGUGGCAGCCAAACGAGUGCUGCUGACGUGUACCAGUUUAAGUUUUCCUACACGUACUC